AUGGUGAAGUCAAAGGGGGACAAAAAGGCAAACGCCGCGGAAGUGGCGGCGCUCAAGAUCGACGUGGAGCAGCUGGAUGACAAAGUCGACCAAAUCCACACCGAGGUUGAGGGCAUACACACGGAAGUCACUGGCCUCAAGACGCAGCUGUCACAUCUGGAGGAGCUAAUGACCCUCAUGGCAGAACAGCUCAAGGCGUCCCCAAGAGCAAGAGCAGAGACGACUGAAGCCGAGGGCAGCGCCGCACAACAGCAUCAGCGCUCGCCUCCCCAACAGCCGCACCAAAAUCUGCAGCAACCACCACCUCCCCAACCACCUCUUCAACAAAACUCGCAACAAGGAGAAGCUGGUACUGCUACAGCCCGACGGUCACCAUUGCUCGAUCGUGGGAUGCCAGUUUGGAGGCGUCGUGGUACUGAAAUUUUGCCUCCCCAGCCACCCCAAACUAACAUGCAUGAGCAAGCAGACAACCAGUACACCCAACAGGUUCAGUUUAAGGAGUACGCGUACACUGAUACUGCAGGGCCAACACAAUAUCCCGGAUGCCAAGAACAAACUGCAGCUGGCUGGAGCUACCCUCCCCAACAAAUGUACUCCAUGCCACGUCCUCCACUCCAACCCCCUUACAAUCACUACAAUCCUAACCAAUAUCAACAAGAGUACUACCAGCACUACCCUCCAGAACACCAGCAAACAUACUAUCAGCCAGAACCACCACGCAUGCAUGUUCCCUUUCAUGCACCACCAGCAGGGCAACCCACACAACAGUAUGGGUAUGGUACACCAGGAUAUGAUUAUAGCAGAAGCCAAGAUAGAGAUGCCCAGUUCUACAGGUCAAUUGCAAGAGCACCAAAAUUUGAAUUUCCCAAGUUUGAUGGCUCUAAUCCAAUGGAGUGGAUCAGAACGACCAAAAAAAUUCUUUUCUAUGGUGCAUGUGCCGGAGGAAGCAAAAUGUGA